AAACCAUAUGUCCAUUAACGAGCAUCAACACGCCAUUAAUGAACCCCAAUUUGGCCUUUUGUUUUCAUUCCUACUGACUACGAUGUGCCAAAUCAUCACUGCAGUUAGCUUCAUAUUCACCUCGCUGGCGUCCACCGUCUGUCACCACCGGUUCACUCUCCGUUCAAUUCCGGUUCGAUCGGUCUAACUAACCCUAUAUCAAUUCCGAUUUCAUUAUCGUUAUUCAUUCUCAUUCAGUUUCUGUUUACUGACUGUUGUUAUCAGUAAUUCAGUAUCUCCGUGUUUAGUUCUGUUUCAAACCCUAAUUUUGCUGUUUUAUUCACGUUUGAAUCUUCGAUUUACGAUUCAAUCGCGUGAAUUCGAUUGCUACAACACGUAUGAAUUGAUUACUGACUGUUGUUAUCUGUAUCUACGUGUUUAGUUCUGUUUGAAACCCUAAUUUUGGUGUUUUAUUCACGAUUUAUGAGUUUGAAUCUUCGAUUUUCGAUUCAAUCGCGUGAAUUCGAUUGCUACAACACGUAUGAAUUGAUUACUGACUGUUGUUAUCUGUAUCUACGUGUUUAGUUCUGUUUGAAACCCUAAUUUUGGUGUUUUAUUCACGAUUUAUGAGUUUGAAUCUUCGAUUUUCGAUUCAAUCGCGUGAAUUCGAUUGCUACAACACGUAUGAAUUGAUUACUGACUGUUGUUAUCUGUAUCUACGUGUUUAGUUCUGUUUGAAACCCUAAUUUUGGUGUUUUAUUCACGAUUUAUGAGUUUGAAUCUUCGAUUUUCGAUUCAAUCGCGUGAAUUCGAUUGCUACAACACGUAUGAAUUGAUUACUGACUGUUGUUAUCUGUAUCUACGUGUUUAGUUCUGUUUGAAACCCUAAUUUUGGUGUUUUAUUCACGAUUUAUGAGUUUGAAUCUUCGAUUUUCGAUUCAAUCGCGUGAAUUCGAUUGCUACAACACGUAUGAAUUGAUUACUGACUGUUGUUAUCAGUAUCUACGUGUUUAGUUCUGUUUCAAACCCUAAUUUUGGUGUUUUAUUCCACGAUUGAUGAAUUUGAAUCUUCGAUUUACGAUUCAAUCGCGUGAAUUCGAUGUCUGCUAAGCGUAUUUUCUGUUUAAUAACUGUUUUUAUUACUAUCUAUGUGUUCAGUUAGUUAGUUCUGUUUCAAACCCUAGGUUUUUCGGUUUUACUAUUGAUGAAUUUGAAUCUUCGGUACUCGAUUCAAUAGUGUGAAUUCGGUCGAUGGCUACAGCACGUAUUUUCUGUUUACUAGCUGUUAUUACUAUUUCAAACCCUAGGUUGUUUGUUUCUCCCACGAUUGAUGAAUUCGAAUCUUCAAUACUCGAUUAAAUCGCAUGAAUUCGAUGGCUACAACACGCAUUUUCUGUUUAGUAAUAGCUGUUAUUAGUGUUUUAAACCCUAGUUUGUUUGUUUCUUCCACGAGUGAUGAGUUUGAAUCUUCGAUUCUCGUUUUCCAUGGAGAUUACUCGCCACCGUCGCCUCCCCCGCCGGCUCCGUCACCGCAUCCUCCGUCGUUAUCGUGUGAGGAAGAUUUAGGAGGUAUUGGUAGUUUGGACACCACGUGUGAACUGAAUUCUAGUUUGAUAUUUGAAACUGAUGUGUAUAUAGAAGGGGAAGGGAACUUAAGGAUACUCCCAGGGGUUAGGUUUGUGUGCGCUGAUGCUGGUUGUUCGGUGGUAAUUAAUGUUAGUUCUGAGUUUAGGUUAGGGUUGAAUUCGGUGAUAGUAGCUGGGACUGUUGAUGUGACGGCUGGGAGUGCGGUAUUUGACGAGGGUUCAGUUGUGAAUGUGACUGCUUUGGGUGGUGAUCCGCCGGAGUACACGAGUGGGUCGCCUAAAGGGGUUUUAGGUGGUGGUGGUGGGCAUGGUGGUAGGGGUGCUUGUUGUGUUGUGGAUAAUACGAAGUUACCGGAGGAUGUGUGGGGCGGUGAUGCUUAUGGGUGGUCGAGUUUGGAUCAGCCGUUUGAUUAUGGGAGCAAAGGUGGGACUACUAGUAAAGAAGUGGAUUAUGGUGGGAAAGGAGGUGGUAGGGUUUGGGUUGAGGUGGUGGAUGCUGUUGAAAUUAUAGGGAGUAUUUUUGCCGAUGGUGGUGAUGGUGGUCUUAAAGGCGGAGGAGGGUCUGGUGGCAGCAUUUUUGUGAAGGCCCAUAAAAUGACAGGUAGUGGUAUCUUAAGUGCAUCUGGAGGUAAUGGGUUUGCUGGUGGUGCUGGUGGAAGAAUAUCUGUAAAUGUUUUCAGCAGGCACGAUGACCAAACAAUUGUUGCUCAUGGGGGACAAAGUUAUGGCUGUCCGGCAAACUCGGGUGCUGCAGGAACUUUCUAUGAUGCUGUUCCUCGAAGGCUUAAAGUCAACAACCACAACAGGUCUACAGAUACAGACACACCUUUUUUCGCAUUCCCAAAUCAGCCCCGUUGGACCAGUGUUGACAUCCAAGAUUAUGCUAGAGCUGAUGUUCCUUUGCGUUGGAGUCGUGUGCAGGUUCAGGGACAGCUUAGUUUAUCAACCUCAGCCGUUUUAAGCUUUGGUCUUCCCCAUGAUGCCGUGUCAGAGUUUGAGCUAAUUGCAGAAGAACUUUUAAUGAGCGAUUCAGUUAUCAAAAUAUAUGGGGCUUUGCGAAUGUCUGUUAAGUUGCACUUGAUGUUGAACUCCAAAAUGAUAAUAGAUGGUGACAGUGAGGGCGAUCCAAUUAUCGCCACUUCAUUGCUCGAGGCAAGCAACUUACUGGUUCUCAAGGGUGGAUCUGUGAUACAAUCAAAUGCAAAUCUUGGUAUUCAUGGACAAGGUUCACUGAAUUUGACUGGCGAAGGAAAUGUUAUAGAAGCUCAGCAUCUGGUUUUAUCAAUAUUUUGCUGUAUCAAUGUUGAACCUGGAUCAGUGGUCCGAGGUCCAUUGCAGAACACAACUAAUAAAUACUUGUCAAAUUGUGAACUUGAGGUUUGCCCUAUGGAAUUAAUUCAUCCGCCUGAAGAUUGCAAUGUGAACUCUUCAUUGUCCUUUACUCUGCAGAUAUGUCGAGUUGAAGAAGUAAUUGUUGAAGGUUCAAUUGAAGGAUCUGUUGUUCAUUUCCAAUGGGUCAGAACUGUAAUUAUUCAACCUUCUGGAUCAGUAAUUGCCUCUGGGUUAGGCUGCAUUGGUGGAGCGGGUAAAGGAAAGUUCUUGAGUGCGGGCCCUAGUGGUGGUGGGGGCCACGGUGGCAGAGGUGGCAAUGGGUAUUAUAAUAACAGUAUGAUUGUGGAGGGUGGUGAUACUUAUGGUGAUGCUGAUUUCCCCUGUGAGCUUGGUAGUGGCAGUGGGAAUGAUAGCUUGGGUGGUGCAACUGCUGGCGGUGGUAUCAUACUGAUGGGUUCACUGGAGCGCUCUUUGUCAAGUUUGUAUAUCUACGGCUCAGUCACAGCUGAUGGAGAGAGCUUUGGAGAAAACAUGAGAAAGCAAAAUGUCAAUCCUAACCCUGUGAUUAGUCCAGGAGGUGGAUCUGGUGGAAGUAUUCUUCUAUUUGUUGAUAGACUAACACUUGGCAAUACAUCUUCAAUCUCAACCGUUGGCGGCUAUGGUGGUCCCAAUGCUGGCGGCGGUGGCGGCGGUAGGAUUCAUUUUCAUUGGUCUGAUGUUACAGUUGGCGAUGAAUAUCAGCCCGUGGCAAGUGUAAAUGGAAGCAUCAAUAUUGGAGGAGGAGUUGGUAAAGGUCUGGGCCAACCUGGGGACAAUGGAACUAUAACUGGAAUAAGCUGUCCAAAAGGGCUCUAUGGUAUCUUUUGUGAGGAAUGCCCACUUGGUACCUACAAGAAUGUUAGCGGGUCUGAACGAUCCCUUUGCUAUGAGUGCCCAACUUUAGAGUUUCCAUACCGUGCCAUUUUUACCCCUGUUCGAGGUGGUGUUGCUGAUAUUCCUUGUCCUUAUAAGUGUGUUUCCGAGAGAUACCACAUGCCACACUGCUAUACAACAUUUGAGGAGUUGAUUUACACGUUUGGCGGGCCGUGGCUAUUUGGUUUCAUGCUCCUAAGCUUGCUUAUACUUUUUGCUCUUGUACUUAGUGUUGCUCGUGUGAAAUUUGUUGGUGGUGAUGAAAUCUCUAGCCUAGUGCCAGCUAGGCAUGGCGGCUUGCAAUUGGAUCGCUCAGUUCCUUUCUUGGAGUCAUUAAAUGAGGUUCUUGAAACCAACAGAAAUGAGGAAUCCCGAAAUCAUGUGCACCGUAUGUACUUCUUGGGGUCUAAUACUUUUAGUGAACCUUGGCAUCUUCCUCACUCUCCUUCAGAACAAGUAGCUGAAAUUGUGUAUGAAGAUGCAUUCAAUAGGUUUGCAGAAGAAAUUAAUAUUCUAGCAGCUUAUCAAUGGUGGGAAGGUUCAAUAUAUAAUAUUCUUUCUAUUAUUUCAUAUCCGUUUUCUUGGACAUGGCUUCAAUGGUGUCGUAAAAAGAAGAUACAAAGAUUACGUGAGUUUGUUAGAUCAGAGUAUGAUCACGCGUGCUUGCGUUCAUGUCGUUCUCGUGCUUUGUAUGAGGGGCUUAAGGUCUCUGCAACUUCUGAUAUGAUGCUUGCGUAUGUGGAUUUCUUUCUUGGCGGAGAUGAGAAGAGAGACGACCUUCCUCCGUCACUUCAUCAAAGAUUUCCCCUCUCUUUAGUUUUUGGUGGCGACGGAAGUUACAUGGCUCCUUUUGUCCUGCAUAGUGACAACAUUUUAACCAGCCUCAUGAGUCAGUCUGUCCCGUCCACCAUUUGGUACCGUUUGGUUGCGGGUCUUAAUGCCCAGCUACGCCUUGUGCGGUGUGAUCAACUUAAGUCAACACUCAGACCAAUCAUAAGCUGGCUUGACACAUAUGCAAAUCCAACUUUAAGUGCUUAUUAUAUACGUGUUGAUUUAGCUCGUUUUCAGCCUACUGCGUCUGGUUAUUAUCAAUUUGGAUUGGUAGUCUGUGCGAUUGAGGAUGAGCAGUCAACACCUUCAGUUGACCAGCCCCAUCGUUUACCUGAGGUGCAGUCAAGCUAUGUUAAUAAUUAUUAUCGUAAAGUUGAAGAGCAUAGACGAGAGUCAGAAUCCUUAUUGUCACAUAGGCGAGAAUCCUGGUGGAUAUUGAAUAAUAACAGCUUACAAACGCUUAAAGAGAACAUGUUGUGGUACCCUUUAUCUUUUAUUAUUUGCAACGUCAAACCAAUCGGUCAUCAGGAUCUUGUUGGGCUGGUGAUCUCUAUUCUUCUUUUGGGAGAUUUUAUCAUAGUUUUGCUCAUGUUGCUUCAGCUUUACUCGAAUUCCGUGCUAGAUUUAUAUUUGGUUUUGUUUAUUCCCCCUCUUGGUAUUCUCCUUCCUUUUCCUGCUGGAAUCAGUGCUUUAUUUAGUCAUACACCUAAGCGUUCAUCGGGCCUUGCACGUUUUUAUGCUUUGUGGAAUAUCACAUCCUUGGUGAACGUUGUGGUGGCCUUCAUAUGUGGAUAUUUUCAUUACGGAAAUCAAUUGCCGCCCGGUGACAAUAAUCUAGAUGUUUUAGCGUGGAGCUUAAGCAUGGAUGACGGUGGCUGGUGGAUGCUUCCAUCUGGGCUGAUGGUAUGUAAAAUAGCACAGGCUCAAUUAAUCGACUACCAUGUGGCUAAUCAAGAAAUUCAAGAUCGAACAUUGUACUGUAACGACCCCAACAUUUUUUGGCAGUCCUGAAAGCAUCCGCAAAUACCUUAUUUGUGUGCGUGUGUUUAGUCAAUUAAAAGAUAGAAAACUAAAAGAAAAGGUAUAAAAGAUGGGUUAGGGUUUUAUUAAUUUUUUUCACCCAUAUUUUUUUUUCUUCCAAUUUGGGUUUUGUUGAUAAAUUGAUGCUCUUUAUAUAAGUUGUGUUAGAUGAUAAUUUGAUUGUGUUAGGAGAAGAAGAAUUGUUUCAUUGCA